UCUGUGUGGAGCGCACGCUUGCUACAAGCCGUUGUCUCGACUCGGUAAACACCGCUGAUUUUAGUUUCAACCGGUAAUCGUCAGCCCGUGCUAUGACAUCGCCUCCACAACACAGGCCAACCGUGAAUUUUAAUUUUUAAACAGUAAAAUCAUCGGUAUCAACAGCGCAUUGGUAUUUUGUGAAACAGUGAAGCAGUUGAAAAGAACAUGGAUUCUUAAAUAAGCAAUAAGUGAAAUGGAACGUUGAUUUACAGUCAAUAUUGUAUAAUGAUUCGUUGUUCUAUAGUUAGAAGUGAAAUAACUGUUCCGCUGGAAUUUUAAUUAUUACGGUGAAAUGAAAAGUGUUACGAUGUACGCAACGUCGACAGCAUCAACAACCUCAGGCUCAGGGCGUGCUGCGUGUCUGCCUUCAGCAGAGCGCCGCAUUCGUGUAGUGCGGUUACUACGCCCUCGCCGGGCUGCACCGGCAUUUGGCUUCUCACUGCGAGGAGGACGAGAAUAUUCAUCGGGUUUCUUCAUUUCGAAGGUUGAAUUCAAUUCAGAAGCACAUCUACAAGGAUUGAAGGUCGGUGACCAGCUGGUGAGCGUGAAUGGUUACCGCGUGGACGAUGCGGUGCACGGCGAACUGGUGCAUUAUCUCGCAUCACAAUCUCGGCUCAAGAUCAAAGUUAGACAUGUUGGAAUGCUUCCCAUGAAAGAGAAAGCCCACGAGGCUCUUUCUUGGCAGUUUGUAUCAGAACGAGCAUCGUUAGCGUCUGACGUUUCCUCAUCACCUACUCUUUGUCAUGACACCGAUCGGCUUACAGACUUACGCCUAUCUAUAUUGGUACCGCCAAGGGCAAAGCUAGGAUGCGGAAUUUGCAAAGGUCCUGAAUGGAAACCGGGCAUCUUUGUACAAUUUGUUCGAGAAGGAGGCAUAGCCCGCGAGGCAGGUUUGAGGCCUGGUGAUCAAAUUCUAUCAUGUAAUGGGCAAGAUUUUGCAAAUGUAUCUUUUAAUGAGGCAAUAUCAGCCAUGAAAGCUACAGGUCGUCUAGAAUUGGUAAUUCGGGAAGGUGCGGGAGCAGACUUAGUAUCACCGGAGAGUUCGGGGUAUAAUAGUUCUGCAUCGUCAGCGGCUGGUGAACGCAGUCCCGCACCACCUGCACCAAUUACACCUCUGGCGCCACCGGCUGCUCUACGACGUCGGUUGGCAAGUGUUGCUGAGGAGGCUGCUGACAGAGCUGAUAGAUUGACUAUGAAUAGAAUGAAACGAAGAACAUGGGACAGUUUAGAUUUUGAUUGGAAAAAUGGUAAUAUACACAAUUUUGACAUUCCUUCAGAUAUCGAACCUGACUAUGAUAGUCCCAGUAUACCAAAUAAUCCACAUACAUACGAAAAUAAAAGUAUGAGAUGUAAAAACAACGAUUUCAUAACGAGCCCAUCGAAUAGAACAAUCAUAAAUUUGACUGAGGACGGUGCGACUAUACAAUGUAGUUAUGACAAUCAAUCGCCUAGAAAAAGCAAGUAUUCAGGCAGCCAUUUGAAUAAAGAUAAUGAGAAAAAGACUAUAGUAGUUGAGGUUCACCACACGAGUACAGCAGCAUGUGGGAAAUCCCACUGCAACUAUCCACCGCCUCCAAAAAAUGACAUGUCAGACUCAUCUAGUGUUUCUAGUUCCACCACAUUGUCAAGUGCCAUUGCGGAAGAGAUACAAAAAAGGAAAUUGAAUAAAAAAAACACAGCGAACGUUUCGUCUAACGAAGCAACUGCACCUCCAGUGAAGAAAGCUAAUGUACCAAAAACUAUAGAUAAUGAUCAGAAAAAACAACACGAUGCGUUAAUGGAUGAAUUUAAAAAAGUGCAUAGGAAAAUGUUUGCAAAUCAAGAAAAUAGUACUCCUGAAAAAAAUAGUAAUGAAGCAACCGAAGGAGAUAGUUUGGAUCGUCAACAAGCGUUGCCAUUGAGGAGGGUGGAGAAUUCACCAACAGCUGUCGCGGUCAAUAAUCACGUGCAACCAAAGCGAGAGUCCACCGACAACCCUCCACCCCCACCACCGAUGCCCAUCGUAAAUGGUCAACAGAAGAAAGUUGAAUCAAAUGAUUCCAAUGGUGAAAAGCUAGCUGCGAAAUCAAUUAAUGGGGAUUACAAUAAACCUUCAAACAUUAGGAAAAAUGGCACAUUGAUUCGAACGCCUACGCCAGAUUAUAACAAUAAGGCUGAUUCUCAUAUUCCUGUACCGAAAUUAAAUAAUAAAGAGGAGAAGGCAGAUAUUGAAUCACUCGAAUCUUAUAAAUUAAAAAAUCCCGCAAAUGUGCAACCUAAGCCUCCUUCAAAUUAUUUUGUCAGAGCACCGAACGGUACAGCUACAAUGAAAAAACAUGGGCGACCCGUAUCCGUGACAAUAGGCGAAUAUGUUGGUGGCACUAAUGGGCGAAGAGAACCAACCAAGUUAGAUUUCCUGAACGGUGACAGAUCUGAUGGCGACCAAGUAGAUAAUGAUGUAUCAAUCUCAAAUAGACUACAAUCUGAAUUGACUUUAACACUAUCUAGAUCCAAUUUAAGAAAAAAGACUGAUGCUUUGGCUGAUACUGGUCGAUGAAUAAUAUUAUUCGUACAACACAUAAAAAUUAGUUUUAUUUAUCUUCUUAUUGUAGGAAUUUAUAUUAUUAUGCUUUAGGUAAAACGUUUUCUAAAAACUUUGUUUAAAACAUUAUAUAUUUUAUAGAUACCUACAUAUUUGGUUACAAUUAGAACUUUCAACCAAAGUUAGCUAUUUAUUUAUUAUUAAAUUUUAAUGUCAAAAUAGGAUAUAUAUACUUGCAAAAAAAAAUACCUGCUGAACGUGCAUGAUACGUUAUUCAUAUUUUGGACUUACAUAUUAUUUAUAAAAAUAAAAUUUGUGAUUUGUAAAGAUUUACUAUGCCUCAUUUCUGAGGUUGCAUUAGUUAUUUAAAUAAAUAUUUUGUUUGAAUUUCCUA